CUGAAGAAAACCUGCUCCCGACCAAGUUAGGUUCACAGAAUUGGUCUGUAGCUGUGAGAAACAUCUUAUUCCUUUAAAAAAAAUGAAAUCCAUCAGAAAAUGACCAGAGCCUGCCAAAUUCAACACACAGAAGUGCUCCUGAAGUCCGAUAGAAAGAUUAAUCCACUAUCAGCUCUUUGCACAGACACACUGAGUUGACCCAUUUUACGUCUUUAUGAAAAUGCAACUUUUAUUGAUUAUUUUAUACAUUGUUUCUAUUGCAUUUCUAUACAUAGAACAAGCUUAUUGUGUCUGUGCCAGUGCUGAAUAUGAGAUAAACGGACAUUGCUGCCCUAUGUGCGAUCCUGGUAAUCGUGUUUUAUGGCAUUGCACAGUGGAUACCAGCACACCUUGUGUACCCUGUAGUGCAUCCACAUACACCGAUGAACCUAAUGGACUUGAAAUGUGCUUUUCCUGCUCAACCUGUGAUGCAGGUUUAAGGAUACAGAAGGCUUGUACACGGUUAUCAAAUACCGUUUGUGAGCCACUAAAAGGAUUCUUCUGUAUGGUCCGAGAAAAAGGCAGCUGUAAAUUAGCUGUUAAACAUUCUCAGUGUAAACCUGGAGAAUACAUCCAACAAAAAGGAACAGCAAGCACUGAUACUGUAUGUGGUGAAUGCACAAAUGGCACCUACUCUGAUGGCACUUUCACAGCUUGUCAGCCACAUACAAUGUCUGGACUUGCUAACAUCACACUGUUGCAUAUCUACAGAUGUCAGAGUAUGGGUCGUAAACAAAUAGAAACAGGAACAACGUCGUCUGAUGCUAAAUGUGAACAUACUUCAAAUGGUCUUGUUGUUGGAAUCAUAACUGGUGUUGUGGUCGUUGUUGUUAUUGUUGUUAUUGGAGUCUCAGUAACCCAGUUUGUCAUAUUCAAACACAAGUCAAAGGCUCGUCCAGGGAUAAAGUAAGGUUUUGACAGUUUUUCCCCACUAUAAUGUACUUUACAUUCAUCUGAUUAAUGGAAUUUUUUAUACUGCUAUAAUAUUUCAGGUCCGUCCAGGUCCAAAAUGUUGGUGGAGGACUCUUUAAAUUACUUACAUAAUCCAUGGAAUUAAUGUUACUUUUUACAUUUCAACCAGUCAAAAUGAUACAAAAAGAGAAACUUUACUUGCUACUGAUGGUAGACAAGCUGGUCACUGAGAAUGAGAAAACUAUAAUGCACACGUGUUCUCUUGCCUAUAAUAAAACGUAUUAACUGUAAAACUGAAAUGGAUAUCAACACACUCGCUAUUGAUAACCAUGAUAAAGUAUAUGAAUCAUUCAUUAGUAAUUUUGACACUACUUGCAUGAUAUGUUGAAAUUAGAACACAAUAUAACUACUUGUGAAUCAUUUUUGUGACGUGACAUGUAUGUGUAAAUAUAUUAAACAUCUAUAUUUUUUCCCAA